AUGGCGUGGGGGCGGACGGUGGAGGGUGGCGUGGGAGGGGGAAGCAAUGUUGAAAUAUUCAUUAAAUGUUCCACUCAGCCCCUAAGGGGGCUGCUGGCGGCCGAGGCCCCCUGUGUGCAGAGCAGAGCAGGCGUAUCGGGAAGCCGUGGUGGCGGCGGCGGCAGCGGCAGUGCGUGGCCAAGUCGCUUGUCCGCCACAGCGGCGGGCUAUUGUUCUGGUAGUAGAUGUGGUGGUGGUGGUGGUGGUGGUGGUGGUGGUGGUGGUGGUGGUGGUAAAUGCAGCGCGGCGAUAUCAGUGUGGCGAGUGCUGCAGCUCUCGCCGGCCGCCCCCGCAGCCCGCCGCCGCCCCCGCUGCCACCCCAGCGGCUCCGGCAGCUGGGCCGUGCGCUGCCCUGCCAGUGGCGGGAAGGGCCGGCUGUACCCGGCGUACAGCCUGAGCGGCUCGGAAGGCGAGCCGGGCGCGGCGUCGGUGGCGGCGCCGGACUACCGCUCGCUGCGGCACCCCCAGCAGCAGCAGUACGCCCAGAUACAGGCCGGCGGCGGCGCGGCGGCCGGCGGCGGCGGGGGCGGUGGGGGCGGCGGCCUCUCGGACACGCCCACCUCCGAGAAUGCGUCCGACGCUACGCUGACCGACUCCGAGCUCGCCCUCGCGCGCGACUCCACGCUUCUCGUCCAUAACGCCUGUGAAAUGCAGAGCAGGCACAAAGCAGAUGAACGUCCAGUUCGUUUGGCGUGGCUGGGCGCGGCGCUGCCGGAGCCGGUGGGGUUUUAUGGCGUGGCCCGGCCUCCGGGCUGGUUUACGAUUGCGGGGCCCGGAAUAUUAUGA